AUGGCGCCCGUGGCCAAGGAAUUCGAACGAAUCAUCAAUACCGCCCGCGAGCGCAAGAAGAAUGAAGCCCUCGCCGACAAAAUCUUCUCCAAGGGCCGCCGCCAGAGUGCGCCCACCAACCUGAAGGGUGCGCAGCCCGGAGGAUCGCUGGCCAGCCGAGUCGGUGUCAAAAAGGCCCAGCCUCAGAACAAAGCCACAGUCUCUACUCAGCGCCGUCGAGCAACCGUCCCUGCCGGCGACGUCAACGGCGAGUGGACUCACGACCUCCACAACUCCGUCAACCGCCCCAGCGCCUCCUCCAACGCCCCCCUCAGCUCCCGCAUAACCCUCCCCGGCGCCCCCAAGAAGACGGCGGCCGCUCAGAAAAAGGCCACCAGGCUGGCUGCCGCCCUCGACCGCAUGGACACGGACGAUUCCGUCAGGCAGCAGGUCAACAUUGUCAAGAACGGCAAGUCGCAGAAACCAGACGCCGGCUUGACGAUCCGGGGGCUCGCGGGCCCGUUUGCCGUCAUGGGACAGAACUUUGCGCCGGGAACGACGGCGGCGGACGUCGAGAGCGCCAUGACGCCGGUGGGUGGCGAGAUGGUCAGCUGCGAAGUCGUCAAGACGCAGCCCUUUAUGAUUAUCGAGAUGGUGUUUGCGUCGAGGGAGGGCGGAGAAAGAGUCAUUGAGACGUUCAACAACAAGACUGUAAGGCCCUCGUCCCCCUUGUUCUAUUUCACUCAUGAUCCCUCGUUGCUAACAAUUCCCCCUUCAAAGGCCGAUGGCAGAAUCCUCAAAGUCUACGCCAAGCCCGGCGGCUACAAACCAAGCCGCGACUCAGCAUCAGGGCGUCAGUCGUCACACCGCGACCAAGUCGUCGACGGCUCCAUGGGCUUCCCCGACAACGACCUCAUGGACACGGAGAACGUGCCCCCCUCGACCAGAGGCAACAGACUGCACUACGAUGGCGGCAAGAACAACUCCGCCAACAACAAGCGCGGCCGCGGGUUCCAGAAGGGCUCCAACAUCAACAACAACAACGGCGGACGAUAG